AUGGGGGAGCCCAGCACAUCAGUGAAAGAGAAGGUUCAGUGCUGGGGAGUCUUGCUGUUUGCUGUGUAUGUUAAUGAUCCAGACAUAAAUGUCAGAGUUAUGAUCACCAAAUUCACUGAUCAAAUGAAAAAUGAUGGUUUCGUAAAUAGUGAGGAGGAUAAAUUUUCACUACAGGAUGAUAAAGACGGGGCAGGAUUGUGUUCCUUCGAGCACAGAACACUGACAGGAGCGCUGACUGAGGUGCAUGAAACUCUGCCGGGCAUUGGCAAAGUCAAUCAGAAGAUCCUCUUCUCUUUCGUGCAGCGGUCACUAACCAAUAAGGAGCUGGAGGUUUACAGCGGACUUCUCAUCCACAGGUUUCUGGGAGGGCAGGGCUGGUUUCGGGGACGCGGAGUGUGGUUUGGGGGGGGACGCCGGACGGGCUGGCCUGGUUUUGGGGGACACGCUGUUGGGGUGCGCGGGGAUGAGGCUGCUCUCUGCUGUGAUUGUGGCCUCUGUGAUAGGGUUACCGUUCCUGUCUUACAGGUGAGACGGGACCCGCGGUUUGACGAUCUCUCUGGACAGUUCAAACCAGAAAUUUAUGAGAAAACCUACGCCUUCCUCUCACAGCUGAGAAACAAAGAGAAAGAAGUGAUCAAGAAGAAGCUACAUCAAGUCAAGGAUCCAGACCAGCGAACGUGCAUGCUGAAGGGCUUACUACAGAGAAUGACCCAGCAGGACGAGGCUGAAAGCAAGAAACGCAAGCAGCGAGAGAGACUGCUGGAGUUCAAGCGGAAACAGAGGGAGCGUGUGCAGCAAGGCAGCAGACCGUACUUCCUCAAGAAAUCUGAACAGCGGAAGCUGGAUUUGGCUGAAAAAUACGUUGAGCUGAAGAAAACUGGCCAGUUGGAAAGGUUUCUUGGUAAGAAGAGGAGGAGAAAUGCUCAGAAAGACCGCAGCAGGUUACCUGGGAAGAAAUCACAAUGAUCUCUAUACUGGAAUAGCUCAGGAAAUCUGGAACCUCACUGACAUUGCUCUGUGACUGAGCUUAUUUAUAUAACGUCGGGGUUUCCCUGCUCAUGCUGGCUGCCCCCCCUCAGUCUUCACUGGCGCUGAGGGUCUGAUUCUGUUUUGUACCUGUUUGUAUAUAAUUUCAGUAAAUGGCUGUUCAUUCACA